AUGAAGUUCACCAUUCACCUCCUGUUCAUUGCGUUUCUCAUGGCCUUGGCCUACGCUGCCACCGAGAGCAAGCAGAUCAUCGUCAGCUACCCCAAGGACACUCCCGAUUCUGUUGUCGAGCAGGCAAUGGCUGUUAUCAAGGAAGCUGUAAGUGAAUCUUGCAUGCUAUGUUUUAUCCAUAACAUGAGCUCACAAAUAUCAGNNGGCGGCAUCAUCACUCAUGAGUACAAGAGCCUUAUCAAGGGCUUUGCAGCCACUGCGCCCACCAAGGUCGUCAACAGUGUCAAGGCUUUAGGCGAGAAGUACCAAGCCAUCGUUGAGGAUGACCAAGUCAUCUCAGUAGCUGGAUCAUCUUCGUAG